AAACCCUACCGCUGCGGGGAUUGCGGGAAGAGCUUCUCCCAGAGCUCCCACCUGGAGAGGCACCAGCGCGUCCACGCCGGCGCCGAGCAGCCUUGCCAGUGCACCGACUGCGGCAAGAGCUUCUUGGCUUCCACCAAGCGCCGGCGGCUGCUGAGCGGCCCGAGCGAGCGCGCCGGUAAAUGCGCCGAUUGCGGCAAGAGCUUUCUGUGGGCUCCCCGCACCCGACCGGCGCCGGAGAGGACCCAUAAGUGCAGCGAGUGUGGGAAGAGCUUCACCUACCGGGCGGAGAACGUCAAGCACCAAGGGACGCAGACCGGGGAGAAGCCCUACACCUGCCCCGAGUGCGGGAAGAGCUUCGGGCAGAAUUCGGCGCUGGUCAAGCACCGCCGGAUGCACACGGGGGAGAAGCCCUACAAGUGCGGGGAUUGCGGGAAGAGCUUCAGCGUCCGCUCCAACCUCAUCAAGCACCAACGGACCCACCUCGGCGAGAAGCCCUACAAGUGCCCCGACUGCGGGAAGGGCUUCAUCCAGAAGUCGGACCUCACCAAGCACCGCCGGAUGCACACCGGGGAGAAGCCCUACAAGUGCAACGUCUGCGGCAAGUGCUUCAGCGUCUCCUCCAACCUC